AUGACUACAUGCGCAUCUGUCAGCCCAGAGGCCAAGAAGCCCAACACUAUCACCAUCAAUGGCUUCCGGAUCUCGACCCAGAAACUCCCCAUCCUCAAGGCCGACCCGAUUGAAGAAAUGACCCAGAAGCUUGGGAUCGCUCCACCCGAAAUGAUCUUCGGUGAUAACUACGUUGCGAUCGAGCAUGAGAAGGGGGACUGGGGCAUUCAGUUUAAUGCUUUCGAUGCCCUGGACAAGGUGGACAAGACUGGCCAAUCGAUGCUGCAGGUUGCAUACUCGAGAGAGUGGCAGAAGAGCAGGGAAAAGACACACGAAGGCAUUAAAGAAGUCGUGAAGCCAUUCGACUGGUCAUACAGUACCGACUAUAAAGGCACCCUUCAUCCGAAUGCGCGGCCGUUCGAAACAUCAACCAAGGCCAUCCCGAUGGAGCUGCUCAAACGCCCAGACCCCAUUCUAUUCUUUGACGAGGUUGUGCUUUACGAGGAUGAGCUGGCGGACAAUGGAAUCACGAUGCUUUCCUGCAAGAUUCGAGUGAUGCCGGGGAGACUUCUUCUAUUGACAAGAUUCUUUAUGCGACUUGAUCAUGUUUUGAUCCGACUUCGAGACACCCGGAUCUAUGUCGAAUUUGAGACCAAGGAAGUUAUCCGGGAAUAUCUUUCGAAGGAGUGUGAAUAUGAAACGAUUCGAGAGAAACUUGCCUCUACUAGGGACGAUGUUCCAGCCUUUAUGAGAGAUGCAAACCGACUGUCCGAGAUAUUACCGGUUGUAGAAAAGCGCACUGAGCGUUUGGUUCUGGGUGAAUGA